CAAAAACUGAAAAAAAAAAAAACUGAAAAUCGCAGCCUAAUAAGCCCAUCAAGAAAUCAGAGAAGAAGACCUUCUUAUCAUGGAUUUCCAUUAAAACCCAAGAUUUGCUGUAUAGAUAAUUACAGUCCUCUCUUUCCUUAACCAAUCACAACUCCACAAUCUCUCUGUCUCUGUCUUUCUCUCUCUAGAUCUACUUUUAAUACAACCUUAUUUUUUGUUAGAACAUCUAAAAUCCCUUCCCUUGGAUUCUCUCAUCUAGUAAAUCCUUCAAAGUUUUGGCCUUUUAGCUUUUAUUUUAAGGCUUCUGCAUUGAAGGAUCAUAAAGUUUUGUUCUUUGCCCUUUGAAAUUGAUGACAAGGGUGAUGGUGUCUGCAAUUUGAUUGACCAGAAUCCCUCAAGGCAACUACAUAUAGAUUCCCAAGGUGUGUUAAAGAAUUAUCGUCGGAUAGUUUAUAACGUACGAUGAUUAUUAAUGGUGUCUGCAUUCAAUGCGGGUUUGAUUUCUGAUACAUCUGUUGCGGGAUUAGAGAUUGUUGAGAAACAAGAUCCAAGAACAGUCUCUUAUAUACUUAUUGAUACUGAUUCAAGGAAUAGUUUGAUUUCUGGGUUAUUUGGGAGAGAAUAUGUGAGUGAUGGUUUCGACGUCAUUGAUGAGAAUUGUUUCACCCUGUUGGAAGCCUUCCGUCGAGGGUGAAAAUUCAAGUAAUGGUGGGGAUGCUGCUGGUAGAGCUGAGGGCUUGUUAUGGUACAAAGAUUCAGGUCAGCAUGUUAAUGGGGAAUUUUCAAUGGCAGUAAUUCAAGCGAACAAUCUAUUGGAAGACUAUAGUCAACUUGAAUCGGGGCCAAUGAGCUCAGUUGACCCAAGUCCUCAAGGAACAUUUGUAGGAGUCUAUGAUGGCCAUGGAGGUCCAGAAGCUGCCCGGUUUGUAAAUGAACGCCUUUUCGAAAACAUCAAGACUAUUCAUGGUGCAGAAUUCACGUCAGAAAACAAUGGAAUGUCAGCAGAUGUUAUCAACAAAGCAUUUUUGGCAACAGAAGAGGAAUUUCUCUCUCUAGUGAAGAACCAGUGGCUACAUAAACCACAGAUUGCUUCUGUUGGUGCAUGUUGUUUGGUAGGUGUAGUAUGCAGUGGUGUUCUCUACAUUGCAAAUGCAGGAGAUUCCCGGGCAGUGUUGGGAAGAUUGGAAAGGGCCAUUAAGGAGAUCAAAGCAAUUCAGUUAUCAUAUGAACAUAAUGCAAGUAUAGAAUCUGUGAGAGAGGAGUUGCAUUCAUUGCACCCCGAUGAUCCACAUAUUGUUGUUCUAAAGAACAAGGUUUGGCGUGUGAAGGGUCUGAUUCAGAUCUCAAGAUCUAUAGGUGAUGCCUAUUUGAAAAGGGCGGAGUAUAACAGAGAGCCUCUGUUAGCUAAAUUUAGAUUGCCUGAACCCUUCAAUAAACCGAUUCUUAAAGCUGAGCCAACAAUUUUAGUGCAGAAACUCUACCCUGAAGAUCAGUUUCUUAUCUUUGCAUCAGAUGGCCUGUGGGAGCACCUAAGCAAUCAGGAGGCAGUUGACUUUGUCCACAGCUGUCCACGUAAUGGUGUUGCAAGGAAACUUCUCAAAGCUGCGCUUCGUGAAGCAGCGAAGAAAAGAGAAAUGAGGUAUUCAGACUUGAAAAAGAUUGAUCGUGGUGUCAGGAGACAUUUUCAUGACGAUAUCACAGUCAUAGUUUUGUUUCUUGAUUCGAAUCUUGUCAGUCGCAGCUCCUUCCGCGGGCCCCUAAUUUCCAUCAAGGGAGGUUAUGGUGUCUCUGGAAAUGGCAACACUUAGCUCGAGAAUUCUUGCACUCUAUCCCCAUUUCUUCGUUUGUAUUGAGAAACAAUUUUUUCUUUGAAGAGGAGAGAGCUUAAAGAAUCCCCCCCCCCCCCUGUUUUUUCAAUUGUACAGCCACGCAUCUCAGAAACCUACUUUAAUUUGUUGAAAGACCUCCUUAGGUAAGUAUAGUUGAUGCCAUGACAGAGAGAUACCUCAGCAAAAGCCUUUGUCAGUAGCUGUCUGGUUGUUGGCAUAUGAUACUUGAUAAUCUAUAGUCUUCCUCAACUGCCUUGAGAACUAGAAAAAAUAACCCCGUUUAGAGUGAAAUUCACAAUAUUGUUCAGUUUUAGUUCACAGAGUUUUCGUUUUUUGUGUGAAUCUGGGUCUGCCAUCUGGCCUUUUUCAA